AUUACCAAUUCUCAUCAUCUUUGAAUUUAUAUGCACAUAUGUGUCAUAUAAUAUACGGUGGGUUUUUGGAUAUUGUUGCGGGAUUUUCAAGGCUGGUUAAUGCGUUCAGCGUAUAUCGCGUGGCGGAGAUUUACUUAAGAUAAUCAUUUACCACGGCAAUGAAAGCGCUGUAUAAUGAUUUUUAGCGAUUUUUAUGUUCCUUCAACAUCUAAUAUUCUGGAUCUACGGUUGACACAUUGAAACGUUGUCUCUUGUGAUUAAUUCCGGUCGAUAUAUUCAUGAAUUGCGUUGAUGUAAGCAAUUCAUAUUGUUCUAUAUAAGUUGUUGUAUUCGACAUUUACUUCAAUUUACGAAUUGGUGUAUAGGAUCUCUGUGAUUGCUGUAUUGAUAAUCGACUGAAUAUACGUUGGAUUAACAUUAUUACUCAUUUGUGUAUCUUGUCCUUAUGACAAGAAAUUAACAUUAUAUCGGAAACGCAAAACAAAGAUAUUGCUCUGAUUCGUAGAUUACACUGUAUAUACUAAUUAAUUGCUGAAGAUGUCAACUGAUUCGACGAGUGCCAUGGGUACUACAGGUGGGAGUGUUAGCAGUCAAAGGAUUAAGAUUGUGCUUCUUGGCGAGCAGAACACUGGCAAAACAUCUAUCGUAACUCGCUUUGUGUAUGACCAUUUUGUUCCCGCUUAUGCGGCUACUAUUGGAAUUGAUUUUCUAUCGAAGGUGGUUACUGUAAAUGGGAAGACUAUGCGCCUACAGUUGUGGGACACUGCAGGGCAAGAGCGCUUCCGUACUUUGAUGCCAAGCUAUAUUCGUGACUCGAGUGCAGCAAUUGUUGUCUAUGACAUUACAAGCCCUGAGUCCUUCGAAAAAGUCAAGGAUUGGAUUAAGGACAUAAAGGAACUUCGUGGUGAUAAAGCCAUUAUUAUGAUUGUUGGUAACAAAACUGACUUGUUAGACAAACGUAAAGUGUCCUACGACGAGGGAGAAGAAGAAGCUAAGAAGCUUGAGUGCCUAUUUUGUGAGACAAGCGCAAAGAAUGGUGACAACAUCAAUGACUUGUUCAAUACGGUAUCAACUGAGCUUAUGAAGAACCUAGAACCGGUGCCUGUGAAUGACAAACUUGUUGACAUCGAUUUGAAGUCAAACAGUGCGGAAACUCCCAACAACUGUACCGACCGUACAAAGAACACAUACCUGUCUAUGACAAGGGCGUGCACACGAUAACUUUAUAUAGAAACCACCGUGCAAUUCCGGUGUAAUUAUAGCAAAUCGU